AAUUCAGUUGUUCUACAGACAUUCGAUUUACAAGUUGGUUGAGAGACUUUAUAAACAAUGGCUAAUACUCCACAAUCAACACUCCCUGCGGUUCACAUUGAAACUGCCAAAAGGCGAAGAGGAAAGCCUCGUAUUAAUGAUAAAAUCAGCCCAGACACCUUUCCCACAAUCUUCAGCAGGAUAAUGCUAAAUACCAAUACUCCCCAAGAACCACCCACUGAUGAUAUUUGGGAUUAUACACAGAUCCUAUGCUUUCUUUAUCUGGAGAACUAUGCAGCCCGGAAGCGGGUCUAUCAUAUGUUUGUAUCGACGGACAAGGAUUGCGAAAAGGAUUAUGAGGAAGUGCGGAAAGUUUACAAAGAUCGGAAGGACUUGAAGAUAGUCAACCAACUAACCGAGAACACGCUCUGCGCCCGAACUUUAUAUGAAAGGGUUAAGAAAUUAUUCAGCGAUGCCAAGUGGAACAAACAAGGUAAUGUCUUCGAAUUGGAUAUGACAGCCGAGACUGGGAUCUGGGCCGUGUCAAGGAGAAUAAAUAAAAUCCGCUCGGAGGAGCAUGAGAAACUAUUCAACUACAUACGAUUUUUGAGCUUUUCAAAUACUUAAAAUCCUCUAUCUUGUGAU